AUGAUGGAUUCUUCCAAAACUGAAAACAUUAAUGAAGUUUGCUGUAUCAAUGGACUUUUAAUAUAUAAAACUUUUGCUGAAAAUUGGGAUAAUAUAGAGGCAUUCCAGGCAAGGGCAGAUGAUAUUGUUAUUGUCACCUAUCCCAAAUCUGGCACAACCUGGAUUAGUGAAAUUGUCGACAUGAUCUAUAAAGAUGGUAAUGUGGAGAAGUGCAAAGAAGAUAUGAUUUUUAAUCGUGUACCUUUCUUGGAAUGCAAGAAAGAAGAUAUUUUAGAUGGAGUAAGACAAUUAAAAAACAUGGCAUCCCCUAGGAUAGUCAAGACUCAUCUGCCAGUUGAAUAUCUUCCAGUCUCGUUUUGGAAAGAGGACUGCAAGAUGAUCUACCUUUGCCGGAAUCCCAAGGAUGUGGCUGUUUCUUAUUAUUAUUUCCAAUUAAUGACACCCGUUCAUCCAAAAUAUGCUUCAUUUCUAGAGUUUGUGGAGAAAUUCAUGGAUGGUGAAGUUCCUUAUUGUUCCUGGUAUAAACAUGUAAAAUCUUGGUGGGAAAAGAGUAAGAGCAACCCUCGUGUGUUAUUUCUUUUCUAUGAAGACUUGCAAGAGGAUAUCAGAAAAGAAAUAAUAAAAUUGAUUAAUUUCUUGGGAAAGAAGCCAUCAGAGGAGCUUGUAGAAAAGAUUGUACAUCAUACUUCAUUUGAAGAGAUGAAGAAUAAUCCAAGUACCAAUUACACAGCACUUCCAGAAGAAUAUAUGAACCAUAAAGUGUCCCCCUUCAUGAGAAAAGGGUGUGUAGGAGACUGGAAGAAUCACUUUACAGUAGCCCUGAAUGAAAGAUUUGAUGUGCACUAUGAGCAAGAAAUGAAAGGAUCGACUCUGAAAUUUAAAACCACACUCUAG